AUGAGCAUUUAUUGGGCACCUAUGUACCAGAUCCCUGUGGUGAAACCCGUUCAAUUUCACACCAGCCUGGAAGGGAUUAUUCUCCCAUUUUGCAGAUGGGAAAAUGAAGGCCCUCAGCGGCCGGCACUCCAAAGUAACGGACUCCUGUUUCCCCAGGAGUGAAAACGGGCGACACGGACAUGGAGGUGGGAGCUGUUAAUUGAAACCUUACGUGGUAUCUGGGUCGUGUCCGUCGGUGGAGCCCGCCUGGGCAAAACGUUCCAGGAGACACAGUGGCAUGUGGGCACCUCUGGGCCCGGGACGCAGCUCCACCUCCUCCGUCAGGGUGCGUUCGCAUUUCCCCGCUUUUGAGAGGAGAUAAUGACACCCUCGGUGGCCUCCACCCGCCCGGGUCCUUAUCGGCGGCCCCAGACCCUGCUUGAGCGCCACUCGGUGUCGCGGGCCCCCGCAGGCACUAGAAGUCCCGAACCCUGAUGUGGACGCGGGUGCGCCGUAGCUCCGCUCCGCUGGGGACACUACGCUCCGGAGGCACCCGGAGACCGGAGGCGAGGGGUGGAGCGGCGCGUGCGCACAAGGGAGCCGCGGGAAGUUCGAAAUUGACGGGCAGGGCGGCAGGGCCCGGGGGCAUCCCGGGCAUGGCCGCGGCGGCCGGCCUGGCGCGACGGCUGCGGGCAGCGCUGCGGGAGGAGGAGCCGCGGGCCGUGGAAGAACUGCUGCGCCGCGGCGCGGACCCCAACCUGGUGCUCGCGGAUGGCGUGGCAGCCAUGCACCUGGCGGCUAGAGCCCGGCACUCGCGCGGUCUGCGCUGCCUGGAGGCCCUACUGCACCGGGGCGGGGAUGCUAACGCUCGAUCGGUCGAGGCGCUCACGCCGCUGCACGUGGCUGCCGCCUGGGGCUGUCGCCACGGCCUGGAGCUGCUGCUGGGCCAUGGAGCGGACCCGACGCUGCGCGACCAGGACGGACUCGGGCCGCUGGACCUGGCGGAGCAGCAGGGGCACCAGGAUUGCGCACACGUCCUUCGGGCACUCCAGACUCCGACGCAGACAUCGACCCGGACCCGGGCAGAGAGCCAGGAGCCUGAGCCUGAGCCCGAGCCUGGCGGCCCAAACCCCUGGGGAAAGGGGCUGGACGCCAGCCCCUCUGGACUUCCCAAUGUGACGCUGGGCUUCAUAGCACUGGGCAGGAGUGAUGGCAGGGACAUAGGCCUGGAAGCUGGCCCCAGACUCCCCCGCCACCUGGCCCGCCCUGAGAUUGCUGACAAGGAUAGCAGCUUGGAGUACCACCCAGGACAGUGGGACUGCAGCUCAGAUGCCUCCUUUGUCACCGCGAUUGAAGCUUCUGGAACUGAAGACCCAGCCCCGCACACCUCCUCCUGGGCUAGGUCAUCUCCCCAGACCAAGCAGAGACUCAUGCCUACUAUUCGACCUUCCCAGAGGACGCCAAGGUCCCCAGGUACCCCACAGCUGGUACAUCGAGCUGCUGCGGCAGACAGGGAGGCAGAACUAAAUACCUGUCUGCAGGCCCUGACUCUGACUUCGCCAGAUGCCUCCCCCUCCCCCGUAGCCCUCCCCGACCGGAGCCCUGCGCAGAGCUCCCCUCGGGAGCCACUGCCUGGACUCCCCCAUGUUCACUUCCUGAAAGACGAAGAGUUGUCCCCCGACAGUGAUGUGGCUGCCCUCUGGCUGACAGAGGAUGAGGCGAGCUCCACAGGGGGCAGGGACCCUGUCCCCUCUCGCUGGUGCCCUCCAGUCCCUGCCAUGACAGACCUGGAGAUACUUCGAGGGCUCCGAGCACUUGGCAAGAACCCUGGCCCCAUCACACCCUUCACUCGGACGUACCGCCUCCGACGGCUGGAAGAAGCCCGUGCUGCUCCUGGCUCAGACUUUUCAGGGCACAGCCCAGAGCUGGCCGAAGCCCUGCGGACAGGCUGUAUCCCAGAUGCCCAGGCAGAUGAGGAUGUGCUUGCCCAGCAGUUUGAGCGGCCGGACCCCAAGAGAAGGUGGAGGGAGGGGGUCGUGAAGUCCAGCUUCACGUAUCUGCUGCUGGACCCCAGGGAGACUCAGGACCUGCCAGCCCGAGCCUUCUCACUGACCCCAGCUGAACGCCUUCGGACUUUUGUCCAUGCCAUCUUCUAUGUGGGGAAAGGGACACGGGCCCGGCCAGAUGUCCACCUCUGGGAGGCCCUCAGCCACCGUCGACAGCCAAGAAAGCAGGCCUGCCCCAAAGUGCGCCAGAUCUUGGACAUCUGGGCCAGUGGUCGUGGUGUUGUCUCCCUGCAUUGCUUCCAACAUGUGGUUGCUGUGGAGGCUUAUACUCGAGAGGCGUGUCUUGUGGAUGCUCUAGGCAUCCAGACACUGACCAACCAGAGACAAGGACACUGCUAUGGAGUGGUGGCGAGCUGGCCACCCACCCGGCGACGCCGCUUGGGGGUGCAUCUGCUGCACCGCGCCCUCCUUGUCUUCUUGGCCGAGGGUGAGCGAGAGCUGCGGCCCCAGGACAUCCAGGCCCGCGGCGGAGUACUGGGGACUUGACCGUCCAGCCUAGGUAGAGAUCGGGGUGUUUGAAUAUUUCAGCUGCCCCAUGCCGACAUCAGCCCCCCAUCUCCAGCACGCAGCCCGGAGGGUGGGGGGGCAGGCAGCAUGGCAUAUCCCCCCCCUCAAGCUGAGGGAGGACUUUGUUACAGAUGGACCUGCUGGAGAGGUAAUGAGCUUCCUGUCAUGGGAGGAGGACAAAUAGGGAAGCAGAAGUUCUUUGGAAUGUUCUAGUGCUUCCGAACAUGCUAACGCUUUGGCAGUUUGGUCCCGUCUGUACAGUCCGCUUUUAUCUCCCAGACGCAGGGGACUCACGUGUGGGAUGGACUGGGGAAUUUGUCGCUCUGAGGCUCAGUUUCCUUACUUUGUACAGUGGGGACAGUGAGGAGUGCCACCUCAGAGGGUCAUUGUGGAGAUGGGAGUAAACGAAGCCAUGCAGUGCAAUGUGUGGUUCAGAGCCCGGCACUGAGCCAGAGGCAGCCCGUCUGCCCUGGUGGAAAGUCUCUUAGGGAAGGGAGGUGCCAUGAUGCUCUCCAGGGGCCGGCUGUGUGUGGUGAUAUGUGGGCAGAGCUGGGGAGGUCGACAGGGUGUGUGGGUGAGCGACCAGCCCUCCCCAGGAUAGCUGUGCAACUCGGGCCUCCGGACAUUGUUUCUCUGCCACUGUUUCUUCCACCGUAAAACGGAAUAACUAACCGCCACUUCCUGGCGAUGCUGUACCACAUCAGACUUCACAUAUGCUUAGAGCUUUAGUAAAUGCCAAGCUGUCAUCCUGGUGAGGUGUUGGCGGGAUCAUUUUAGUUUCCAGAAGUAGCUUCUUCAAGCUUUCGGUGUAUUUAGAUUUGGGAGGAUCCGCCGCCUCAUUGGGUUGAUUCCCCUGCCCAUCAUCGUGGCUCAGCGAACCAGGUCCUGAAGGGGGCGGGAGGUAACCUGCGCUGAGGUUCCCACCCGCCUCGAUUCCUGAGGGCUGAGCCCCUGGCUACUCGUGGGGUGUGGCUGGUGUGGUAAUUAGGGGCCGGGCCUCUGGAGUGGGUCGGGCUCUACCAUUUUGUGUGUGAGUGGGGGGACUCAACCAUUUUAACCGAACCAAAGAAACUUCUCUAAGCUUCUCGUUCCUCACGUGUAAGACCCGGAGGGCUCCCAGACCCAAGUCUCUUGGUAAAGUGAUAGCAAUGAAAAGUGUGCCAUAUGCCCAGGAAUUCACCAAGAAGUCACUGGGAAAGAAUCCAGAGACCCCACCCCCACCCCCCAAAAAGACCCCAAAGAGAUGGGCUUUGUCUAACAGGGUUUCCCAAGGUGGACCCUAGUGUCAUUUGAGGCCAAAUUAUUCUUUGCAGUAGGGGCCGUCCUGUGCAUUGUAGGAUGUCAGGACAGCAUCCCUGGGCUUCACCCACUUCCUCCCAUCCCCAGUUGUGGCAAUAAAACAUGUCUCCAGAAUUUGCUAGGGGGGGGGGGGGGGACACUGUCUCAACCAGAACCCCACGCUAAACUAAAGGUGGGCUCACAAACCAGUGGGGAAAGGACCAAAGAUGCAGUAACUAAAGGGACAAUGCUCUCCCCUCACCGUCCACACAAGCCUCGAGACACAUUAGAAAAUACAGAGGAGGGGCGCCUGGGUGGCUCAGUCCCUUGAGCAAU